AUGGAGACUCACUGUGUUUUAGGCUGGUUUCUCCUCUGUCUACUUUCAGUCAGUGAAUGCAUUGCCACAAAAGUCAUUGGUAUUGAGGGCCAGAAUGUCACUCUGCCAUGUAAAUAUAACACCAAAACGCAUGGUGUAUCAGCCAUAUGUUGGGGGAGAGGAGCCAUACCGAACUCUGGUUGUUACGAGGAAAUCAUCUCAUCUGAUGGCACUAAAGUGACAUGGAGAUCUUCGGUUAGAUAUCAUUUAUUCGGUGAGAUGAAGACAGGGGAUGUCUCUCUAACCAUCUUCAAUGUCACUGAAAAAGACUCUGGACAAUACGGCUGUCGUGUGCAUGUUUACGGAUUGUGGAAUGAUGAGAAACAUCAUGUCAACUUGAACAUUGAGAAAGCACCUGUCCCGACAACAUCUCAGGCACCUGCUAAUGUGACCAUAACUCAACAGACCACGGACAACCACACACACUGUCAUGUGACAACACAUUCCACAGAGUAUUCAGACACAUCCACGCCACCUUACAGCGAAUCAAUUUUGCAGAUGACAGGCCAUAAGCUGCCUGUGAUCCUGGUGUCCAUGCUACUGGUUCUGACAGGCGUGGUAAUUGUGUCUGUACUUGUUGUCUUGAGAAAGCGAUGGAAAACAAUUGCUACGGGAGUCCAAAUGCCAGAGCACUCUGGCAGCACAGUCCUGUACAGCAACUCAGAGUCCAGCUUGGGUGUGCAUACUCGAGAGAUGGCGGUAGAGAACGUCUAUCAAAUAGAUGACAACGAGAGAGACGACUAUGAGGAGUGCCCCUGA